CCUCUCCCCCUAAACCUCUCUCUCUCUCUCCCUUCCCUCUCUUUCUCUCUCUUCAGCCACCACCAUCACCGCCACCUCCUGCAACCUCACGCACCCAGGCGUUUCUCUCUCUAUCUCUUCCUACAGUGGCGUGUAUUCGUGUGUGCUUGAGUACGGCCAGCAACAGGGGAAGAUCUCUCUCUUUCUCUUUUUCUCUCUAGAGGUUGAGAGAAGAUCUUUGGAGGGGACGGCUUAAGAUCCUUCUUGGCGUGUUGAUCCGACGGCUGGGGGGCGUGGACCCGUCGGCCGUCCUGGCCUGAAAACAGUUCUGUUCAUAUACCCCAUGUAUGUUAUUAUCGCAGUGAUAUCAUCUCUUUCUCUCUCACUAAAAGAGACCACGCUGUUCAUGACUGUCAUAUAACGCCGUAUGUCUUCUCAUCUUGCGCUCUAGCUGUCGGCCGUCUAUCUCGUGAGAAGCGCUGCUGGCGUGUUCUGGUUGAGCUUUAUUUAUGAUUUGUUUUCUUGUUUUGCUUUUUGAGUUUGUUGAUGAGGAAGAUGCUGGCAUUGUUUUUCAGCUGUUUCUGUAGUCUGUGGGUGCUCGUGUGUAUUCUUCUUGCUCAUUUAUAUUAGCACUAAGCAACUUCAUUAGAGAUGGUGGUGUUGGUAUAUAAGCUGAAGAGAGUUCAGGAAGUUGAAGUGGUGAUGUAUCUUUUUUCUUCUGUAGGAGCUUUUAGUUUUGAGUUUUUUUUUUUGUUCAUUACAGACGAGUUUGUUUCUUGGGCAUGCAUGAUGUCUUGUUUAUUUGCAGUGGGAGAUCUGCAACAUGAACUCAUGGUAUUAAAUGAUUAAGAUCAUGAUGAGAUAUUUUUAGAAUCCUGGUUGUAAGAUGCUUGUUUGAAACGUGCUUUUCUGAUUAUAGACAGGCACCAAGUUUUGUCUGAAAUCCUUUUUCUCCUUUUUUUAUGUUUCUAGGGCUUUGAUUUACAACCAGGAUGUUCAUUUUAAGACAUGAACAAGAAUCUUGUAGAAAGAGCAGUUGCUUGUUCGUCUCAAAACGUGAAUGCACAAUAAAGAAGUUCAUGAUUUCCCAACUGCAGCCCUGUGUAUAUGCGUGUUUUUGUGUGUUUGUGCGUUUUCUUUCACACGACCAUUAAAAUGAAUACACUUCGAUCCUACAAAUCUGCGAUUUCCUUGUCGUAGAGGCAUUGCUUUAAUCUACAUUCAGUUUUUAUUUAUUUUUUAUUUCUUUGGCUGCAUUCUCGUUUUUUAAGGGCUUCCGCAUCCAGCAAAUUUUCAAAACGACAUUUGAGGAAUUUCUACACACGAUCACCUGCUUUUCUUACACUUCGGUUUCUGUUUUGGGUUUAUCCCGUAAAGAUGCACCAAAUUGGACCAGUUGGUCCACUUCUAGGUUGUCAUUAACCCGCUUGCCCACUUCCUUUGCUUGGUUCAAUUGUUUCGAACUAUUAACUUUUGGGUCAUAGUUGUAUUUCCAACAUAUUAUGGUAUGGGUUACUUGACCACAAGAUUUACAUAAACAAGGUGAGAUGGUUCUUUUGUUACUUGCAUAUGCAAUCGCAUCAUCUAUUUCUUGGUCAUGUUCAUCUUCAGUUUAGGAGUCACCUAUGCAACUGGCAACUGGGGUUUGCUUCAAAUUCUUUGAGCAGUAAGAUUUGCUGAUCUAUAGUUAAUCAACAUAGUUUCUAAUAUUAGCUUUCUAUUAUCUGAAUCAUGGAUUGAGAGCUUCAAUUUUCCUAAUUUCCAAUGUCAUCAUUUUUGGAUUGCCUUGUCAGAAAUGAAAGGUAAAUCAUCACCCCACUUGCCAAGAUCAUGUAUUAACAUGUAAGGUUGCAACUUGCGGUCUGAAAGUAGGCAUUGGUGGUCCUGCAUGUCAACAUGAUUGUGCUGCCUCUUGUGAGGUGUUAAUAUAUCCUGGUCGAUCAAGAAGUUUGAAGAGGAGUGUGACCUGCUGGAGGGUGCUGCUUAUGGGAUCCAAUGGAUGUUAUAGAUUGCGAAAGGAUGGUGUUAAAGGAAAUGGUGAUCUCACAUUGUCAAGUGCAGUUAAUGAUAUAGAUCCAUGGACUGCAUGGGCAUACAGGCCUCACACCGUUACCUUGUUACUUCUUGGGGCUUGUCUGCUCAUUUGGUCCAGUGGAGUUCUUGAUCCAGAUAAGAGUGUAGCCUAUGAUGUCAUCACAUCUGUGAAAAGGGGUGUCUUGGCAAUGAUUGCUGUUUUCCUUGCCUAUUGUUUGCUUCAGGCACCUUCAACAAUUUUGAUUAGGCCACAUCCAGCUAUUUGGCGGUUGGUGCAUGGAAUGGCAGUUAUUUAUCUUGUGGCUCUCACUUUUUUGCUCUUUCAGGUUGCUUCCCUUCUGUCAUAUUGUUUUGCAUAUUGGACUCUUAACUGCGGUCUGUUAACUUUAUAUGUGCUACUAAGGAUACAUUUUUUUUUUCUUAACAUUAGCAUGUUUUUAUCACUCCAGUAUGCUUUUAUAUUCUGCAGAUGUGGAUAUUACUGGAUAUUCUUUACUUUUUUUUGUUUUCUGUGGGGUGGUUCUGAGUAUUUUCUGUUUACAAUUGCUCUUGUGAUGUUUUGUAUUGUUGGAAAAUACAUUAUUUUCUUGAAAGGAUAUAUUCUGGAAAGGUCUGAGGUUAGCACUGUCAAUUAUCAAGUCUCUAUUAUAAGUUUGCCAAGGAAAGCUUAUGUUAUUAAGAAAUUGUCAGCCUUUAAAAUUUUUCAGAAGCGGGAUGAUGCUCGGCAGUUCAUGAAGUUUCUUCAUCAAGACCUUGGUGUUGAGCUUCCUGAGCGCUCAUAUGGUGCUGAUUGUCGCAUUUAUCUGUCAGAUAACCCAACAAGCAGGUUUAAAAAUGUUUAUGAAACAUUGUUUGAUGAAUUUGUACUUGCUCAUAUCUUCGGUUGGUGGGGCAAGGCAAUAAUGAUCCGCAAUCAGCCCCUUUUAUGGGUUUUAUCCAUUGGCUUUGAAAUGAUGGAGCUUACAUUUCGACACAUGUUGCCUAACUUCAACGAGUGUUGGUGGGAUAGUAUUAUAUUGGAUAUACUUAUCUGCAAUUGGUUUGGUAUUUGGGCAGGAAUGCGGACUGUGAGGUACUUUGAUGGAAGAACUUAUGAAUGGGUGGGGAUAAGUCGACAGCCUAACAUCAUCGGAAAGGUGAAAAGAACGUUGGGACAAUUUACCCCUGCACAAUGGGACAAGGAUGAGUGGCAUCCCCUUCUUGGUCCUUGGAGGUUCAUACAAGUGUUGUCAUUGUGCAUUGUUUUUUUGACCGUGGAGCUGAACACCUUUUUCCUGAAAUUUUGUCUCUGGAUUCCUCCUCGAAACCCUGUGAUUAUUUAUAGAUUGAUCCUUUGGUGGCUGAUUGCACUGCCAACCAUUCGUGAGUACAACUCAUACUUAAAGGACAGGAAACCUGUUAAGAAAUUGGGAGCUUUUUGCUGGCUUUCUCUUGCCAUCUGCAUUGUGGAGCUUCUUAUCUGUAUCAAGUUUGGCCGGGGACUGUAUCCAAACUCAAUGCCUUCUUGGUUAAUAGUUUUUUGGGGCUCAGUUGGUUUAUUGAUCAUGCUGUUCCUUGCUGUAUGGUCAUGGCAUCUCCAUCGUAGCCUGAGGAAGAAAAUGCGCUGAUGAUAGCCCACCAUUUUUCCUUAAUUCUUUCACUCUCUUUUGCUCGCCUGAGAAAUAUUGUAUAUAUUUAUUAUAUUUUCUUCUGUAUAUUAUUUUUUUUGACUUUCUUGGAAUGAAUGUUAUGACCUUGAAAUUCUGAAAUAAUCUAAUUCCAUAUUGGCUUGUU